AAAGUGGCCAGUACGAAAUACGCCAAUUUCAUAUGUAAGGACCUAAUAUUAUCAUAUUGUUAAGUAAUUGAGUAUCUAAGUAAAACAUAUAUUGAAAUACUUAAAUUCUAAUUUCAAAUAAUUUUCAUUCAUUUUUUUUUCGAAUAGCCCCCUGUGGAGCGUGGAUCUCACGUAAACACUGAUUUAGAUGGUGGGUUUGUCCCCAUUAGUAACUAUAACCAUACCAACGUAGGGAUUUGGUCGCUCCGCCUAGUGAUGCCAACUUGGGGGUUAUCCCCCAAAUUAAGGGAGGAUCAAGAUGCCCUGGGAAAUUUUUUUUAGGGGGUACAAAUACAAGAGUAUUUUUAUCUAAAAAAUACACGACUAUACAAUUUAUAUUUAGCCUGAAACCCAACCAACAAACUAAUCCAAAUAUUAACUGCAAGUGUGGCUAUAACUUAAAUAUUAAAAAAAGCUUCAACUUCGAGAUCUAAAUUUUAUACUACUUGAAUGUAUUUUUCAUACAUAUUUAAGAUAAUCUCUCAAACCGAGUGUACCACUAAAACUUUUUAUUAUAUAUUUUUAUAUUUGAUAUUUUGGGUCUUUAAAGUUGGUCCUAGGGGGAAGAUUCUGUAAGAGUUGGCAUCACUGGAUCCACCACAUCAAUACUUAAUAAUUAUGUGAAAUUAAAUGUACUUAUAUAUGGCGAUACUGAAUCUAAAACUAAAUUUUUCGAAUCUUAUCUAUACUAUUAUGAUAAUAGGGAAAUUUAUAUUAUUUUGUUCAACAAUCUUAUCUCACCUCAUGUUUGCCAGAGCAGAUAAGUAACAGGGAAAUCUUGACAGUUCCGACCAGUCUACCAUGAAGACAUUGUAAUCAUUACGCCACAGACUGAGAAAAUUAUGAAGACAUAUUAUGGCACAAAAGACUGAGGAAGGAAUGAGUGUUCGAGUCUAUACGUUUAUUGAUGACAAAGAUAAAACGCCACAUAUAACAUGGUGGCGAAAGUUCUGUUUGCGAUGUCACCAACCGGAAACAACGCCAUCUUCGGAGCCCUUGUGGUGGGGAAAGGUGUUUCCGUUUCCCAUAUUUCCAACAUUUCGGCAAACAGCACAGCAGAUAUGUAUUAUAGUUUUCUUCUUGCUCAUAUGGGGAAUUCUGUUUGCGGAAAUAGGAGAGCCCCUAAGCCUUAACGGUGAAUUACUUAGUAUGACAUUACUGGUCAUUGCAUCGUACUUAGUUGGAUGGAUCUGGUUGAAAAUAACAACGUUACCAGCACUUAUAGGCAUGCUACUUACCGGAAUAUUAUUCCAAAAUUUACAUUUGGUUCACAUGACGGAUACUUAUCGGCAACUUAAUCAGGAUCUUAGGAAAAUAGCCCUAGUGAUCAUUUUAAUGCGAGCUGGGUUAGGUCUCAAUGCGGAUGUUUUAAAAAAACAUUAUAUAGCAGUGCUCCAAUUAGGCCUUCUGCCGUGGCUCGUCGAAUGUGUUGCGAUAGCUGUCAUGUCGCAUUAUCUACUAAGUUUACCUUGGAUAUGGGGAUUCCUUCUAGGUUCAAUGAUAGCGUCCGUGUCACCAGCGGUGGUUGUGCCAUGUCUAUUCCGUUUACGUGAAGUUGGUUACGGAGUGGCGAAAGGGAUACCCACUUUACUAUUAGCUGCUGCCUCCAUUGAUGAUUCAGUCAGCGUAGCUGUUUUUGCUAUCAUACUAAAUGCUAUGUUCUCUUCUGGAUCGACGACAUUCAAUAUUAUUAAGGGUCCUUUAUCAAUAGUCGCUGGUAUACUCCUAGGCGGGGUGUGGGGAUAUAUGACCUCCGUGAUCCCAGAAAAAGGAGACAAAUAUGUGGUUGUUUUACGGUUCUUGGCUUUAUUUUUGGGAGGUUUAUUCGCGUUAUUCAUAUCGAGUCUCAUUGGAUGGAGUGGGGCUGGUCCUCUAGCAAUCGUUUCGUCGGGUUUCAUGGCCGCAUACUUUUGGGAGAAACAAGGCUGGCCAGUGAAUAAUAACCCAGUUAGCGAUUUGUUUAGAAUACUGUGGAUUUUCUUCGAACCAAUACUAUUUGCGUUUACCGGAGCUCAAGUAACGCUCAGUGCAUUAGACCCAGAUGUUAUAUCGAUGGGCGCUAUCUGCCUUUUGUCCUGUCUGGCGUUACGUGUAAUUGCGACUUUCUUCAUCAGUUUCGGCUGUGGACUUAAUUCAAAGGAAAAACUGUUUAUUGGACUAACAUGGAUGGCUAAAGCUACUGUUCAGGCAGCGCUAGGUCCAGCGGCUUUAGACUUGGUAAAGAGCGGUAAAUCGGCCGGCGACACACUCGCUAAUGAAGAAGUAUAUGCGAAAACUAUACUUGCUAUGAGCGUACUUAGUGUGGUCAUAUCCGCACCGGCUGGUGCAAUAUUCAUAGCAUUAACUGGACCAAGGUUACUUAGUAAAGAAUCACAACGUAAAACAAUAGAAACCGUCGAAUGUAUUGAAACAAUUGUACAAGAAAAUCGAACGUCAACGGAUUUAUGACGAAAGCGAAAGUUUUAAAAAUCGAAUGCGUGUUAUUAGCCAGUGUAAGGUGUCGUUGUGUGUGUUGCACUCUGUAUACUGAAUAAAUAAAUACAUAUGCAGAGAAAUUUUAUAUUCACUUCAUCCUUUCACCCAUAUACUGAAAACCGUAGGUU